AUGAAAGGCGUUUUCCAUUGUAUCCCAUUUGGUUCCGGCAAUCGUCAGUACAAUAACGGCUACAUUCGUGGUAAUUAUAAUAACUAUGGCGGACAGCGUCCUCGCAAUAAUCAAAGCGUAGGAGUUCCUCGUCCUCGUGAAAAGCUGAAGUUUGAUGGAGAUUACGACUUCGAGAAAGCUAAUGAACAGUUUCAAGAACAGUUUUCUGACAUGUUCAAAGACAAGCUGAAGGUGCCCUUUUGGGUUCAUUGUCACCUAAACCUUUCUAAUAGUCUUUUGCAGGUCGAUGGUGAGAAAAGCGAAGAAGAGCAAGGAGAGAAGCCUGCUGAAGAUACUACCUACUAUGACAAGAAGAGUUCCUUCUUUGACCGCAUCAGCUGCGAAGCUUUGGAAAAGGCCGAGGGGAAGAGCGGACGUCCUGAUUGGAAAAAAGAAAGGGAAACAAAUCAGGAAACGUUUGGCCACUCCGCUGUGCGCUCCUUGAACUAUCGUCGCGGGUUUGGACAACGCGCUCGUGGAGGGCGUGGCUAUGGAAGACCUGGUGAUGGACGUUACAUCAACAAUUUCAAUCGAGGUUACAACAACUAUCGUGGUGGAUAUGGUAACGGCAAUGCGAACCAUCGCGGACGAGGUUUCAACAGAGCUGGUUAUCAACAGAAUCAGCAGCAGUGA